AAUUGAGUAUCCGGGUAAAAAGCAAAGUGGAGUACUUUGGAGGGGAUACCCAUGUGAUCUACACUCUACACCCCGUGCCGUCUCGUCGCCAUUCAUUUCUCUUGAUCUCAGCGUAACGUGCAACAACGUUUUCGGAGAAAUAUAUUUUUUAAUAAAAACUUUAAAUCGCCGAUAUUUUUUAAUCACUUAUAUUCAAGAUGUACAGACUACCUGGACUGAUGCGUAGCGUAGCGUCGCGACAAAUGCAGCUACAAGCUCGUUCAUACGCAAAGGACGUGCGUUUCGGCGUUGAUGUGCGUGCUACAAUGUUAAAAGGAGUUGACAUUCUAGCUGACGCUGUUGCAGUUACAAUGGGACCCAAAGGUCGCAACGUGAUCAUCGAGCAAAGCUGGGGCAGUCCCAAGAUCACCAAGGACGGUGUGACUGUCGCUAAAAGCAUUGACCUGAAAGACAAAUUCCAGAAUAUCGGUGCUAAGUUGGUUCAGGAUGUCGCCAACAAUACUAAUGAAGAGGCUGGUGAUGGUACGACUACUGCUACAGUAUUGGCCCGUGCCAUUGCUAAAGAUGGUUUUGAAAGAAUUAACUCUGGAUCAAACCCCGUUGAAAUUAGACGCGGAGUUAUGUUGGCUGUCGAAACUGUCAAAGAUGAACUGAAGAAAAUGAGCAAACAGGUGACGACACCCGAGGAAAUUGCUCAAGUCGCAACAAUUUCUGCCAACGGUGACACUUUGAUUGGUAAGUUGAUUUCAGACGCUAUGAAGAAAGUUGGCAAGGAAGGAGUGAUUACAGUAAAGGACGGAAAGACAUUGGAAGACGAUUUGGAAAUAAUUGAAGGAAUGAAGUUUGACAGAGGCUACAUUUCUCCUUACUUCAUUAAUUCUACCAAGGGAUCCAAGGUUGAGUUCCAAGAUGCAUUGGUGUUGUUUAGCGAGAAAAAAAUCUCGUCGAUCCAAAGUAUCGUUCCAGCUUUAGAAUUAGCGAAUUCAAUGCGAAAACCACUGGUGAUUAUUGCUGAAGACAUUGAUGGUGAGGCACUGACUACCCUCGUAAUCAACAGACUCAAGAUUGGUCUCCAAGUGGCUGCUGUUAAGGCUCCAGGCUUCGGUGACAAUCGCAAAGCCACUCUUCAGGACAUGGCUAUCUCUACAGGUGGAAUUGUCUUUGGAGACGAAGCCAAUCUUGUUAAAAUUGAAGACGUUCAGGCCAGUGAUUUGGGACAGGUUGGAGAGAUCAUUAUCACCAAAGAAGACACUCUCUUGCUGAAAGGCAAAGGAAAUCAAGCUGAUGUUGAAAGACGAGCAGAGUACCUCAGAGAUCAAAUUGAUAAUACAACCUCUGAGUACGAAAAAGAAAAAUUACAAGAACGAUUGGCUAGACUUGCUGCUGGAGUCGCGGUUCUCAGAAUUGGAGGCAGUAGCGAAGUUGAAGUCAAUGAAAAGAAAGACAGAGUUAACGACGCUUUGAACGCCACGCGCGCUGCUGUUGAGGAAGGAAUCGUUCCCGGAGGUGGUACCGCUCUUCUAAGAUGUGCUCCAGCAUUGCAGCAGCUCAAACCAGACAACGCCGAUCAGGCAUUAGGUAUCAAAAUUAUAGAGAAAGCACUUCGUCAACCAUGCUUCCAAAUAGCAACAAAUGCAGGAGUUGAUGCUGGUGCCGUGGUAGCUAAAGUAUCUGAAGGCAAGGUUGGCUAUGACGCUAUGAAUGAUAAAUACGUAGACAUGAUCGAAGCUGGAAUCAUCGACCCAACGAAAGUUGUGCGAACGGCCCUGACUGAUGCCGCUGGUGUAGCUUCGUUACUCGCUACCGUUGAAAGUGUUGUCUGCGACGUCCCUAAGGAAGAUGCACCUAUGGGUGCGAUGGGUGGUAUGGGAGGUAUGGGUGGUAUGGGCGCUAUGGGAGGUAUGGGUAUGUAAAAAAUUAAAUAGCUUCGUUGUAAUGAUUUUACAAAUUCAUUUAAAAAUCAUGCAUUUGUGAGUAACUAAUUUUUUAAUUUCUGUCUCAAGUACUUGUUAUAGUUGUAUACAUUCAUAUUAAUAAGUUGAUGAUUAGUUAAAAAAUCCAAGCUGGACUGGACAUUGGAUUUUGAUGUUGUAUACAUACAUUCCUGAAGCUUUUAAAUUAAUGGUCCAUUUCUUUUUGUUUUUUUAUUUACGCAUCAUUGGCUUUAAUUAAAUAACAAAAUGUUAUUCACAAAUGCA